UGACGAAGUUCGUCUAGUUGGAAUUUCAGUUGGUUUGAAGGAGUAAAAGCAAAAACGUUUAGUUUGAAGUGAACUAUUCGGCAAUGUUGACAUGUUUAACGCGUUAACGCUGUAACGGUAUAUGGACAGAUUUGAUAUUUGAAGUAGCAGCAGCAGCAAGUUGUUGUAGUCAGAUUUUGUUGUGAAAAAUAUUUAUAAAUGACGAGAGGCAAAUAAAAUUUAUAAUUUUUGCAAAAGAACGGGAGUGAAACUUUAUUUAAAUAAACAAAAAUUUAAAAUAAAUAAUACAAUUGAACAGUGUGUGCUAAAAGUAUUGUUGUGCGAUCAUAAACACGUGCUGGAUAAUUGUAGUUCGUUUUUUGGAGCGCAUAACACAUUAGUGAAGCACACAUUUGGGCGCAUAGACGUGUGUGUGUUAAACUAAGGGAAAUUCUGAACCAAUUCUUAAUGAAGUUAAUGUGGCAAGUAAUUAUUGAAAGCAUAUAGUUUUGUGUACAAUUGUUGAAAAAUAAUUUACGUAACGGCGCAGACUAAUUUACGAAACAAGUUUGAAUUUGUAUUUCAAAUUUACGCGCCUAUUUACAUUCAACAUACAUUUAGGCGCAGAAGCCUCUAUCUAAAAAGUAAUUCAAACGGUUAACGGUAUUUAUUUAGCAACAGACAUAGCUAAGUCUCAUUUAUAUCGCUUACUCUUACUCAGCCAUUUUGUUAGCGUAAACGCCCUCAAGCUUCAACGUUGCAGCUAAUACGGGUUUAAGCUUAGUGUACAAGAAGAUCAGUAAGACAGCAAGUGGAACGAUUACAAAGCUUAUACAAACAAACAAUCAAUAAAUUUUGUUGCCAAUACCUGCCACCAAUGGAAUGUGUGUGGCAAGCACAAAUUGAAAAUCGAAUCUCAUUUGUAGAAAGUGUAAGUGUAAUGCACCUUAAGUGAAUAACUGAUGAGUCAAGAAAUCAAAUCAAGCUAAUUUACAUUUUCGAAAAAGAAGGCACACACAUAACCUCACUCAGCUGCUAACCUAACACCGUGUGUACACAGUUACAUGUCUUGUACACCCGGGAGUGUCGUGUACUUCGUUCAUUUAUAAGAAAUCCCAGUCUACACGUACCGAGUUAACGUUGUGUGUGUGUGUGCGCGCGCUACAAAUAAACAGGCUAACACCUCAGCUAUAUAUUGUGCUUUAGCGCCCAAAAGUAUACGCCACGGUGUGCAUUAAAAUUUGGGCCAAGAAGCUGGCAGCGAAAGAACAGUGAAAACUUUCUUCUAUUUUGGGCUGUGCUGUAAAAACUGCGCCAGCAUCAAUCCUCGUUAAGCAGUGUGUCAGUAAACAAUCGCAAUAAAUCAAAGCUUGUCAACGCAACUCCCGAGUGUGCGACUGCAACAGCCCACCUGCAGAGCAGCCGCGGCUCACAUGCGCUCGUGUGCGUGUCUCCGUGCGCAUUUGUGUGUCAUUUUGUGGCGUGAACGUGUUAAAAAUUAAUUUGCAUAAAUAGCAAAUAUUUCGUGUUGACAGAGUAAAUAUUUGCCGGCAUAUGCAGGUUGCAACGCCAAAAAGUAGGCAAUAAAUUAUAGCGCGUCACAAUUGUUGAAAUUCCCGACUUUCAACGCAUACUUAAUGCGAAAUUUAUGCGUUUAUUUAUUUAUUUGAGUUUUAAAAGAGAAAAAAUAAUUUUUCGAAAAAAACAACAGAGCGUAAUUGAUUAAUAGCGGUAACAAAUUAACAAAUGCAUAACCGCAUAAAUAAGUGCAUUCGCGUUUGUUUUUGUUGCGGCAACGGCGUAUAUGAGAAACCGACCUACAGCGCCUGUGCAUAUGCAAUGAAUUGUGACCGACCGAGCAUUUGCAGCGCUUAAGCAGUGAAACGUUGUACGGCAACACAACAAUAAGAGCAUUUAAGGCAAACUAAGUGGCGGCGGAAAUAAAGUAAAUUAUAAAAGACAGGAAAUUCGUGGAAACGCGGCUUAUGAAAAUGCGCAGUCAAAGCACCGCAGCAAAAAAGUAAAAGCACUGAAGAAACAAUCUUCUAUAAAAGCGUAAAAUUAAAUAACAAAGCCACUUAGCUUAAGCCGCUUUGUUUUUGUUUUGAAUGGGCAAAGGCAACGGCAACGGAAGUGGCAACAAAAAGCGCGUAUAAAGCAAGUAUAAAAUUGACGUUGAAAAAGGGAAUAUAAAAGAAGCUGCAAAAACAAAGCAGUCGUACGUUAAUAAAGCACACAAAAAAUAAUUAAGCAGUGUACAACAAGAACAACAACAACAAACACAGUUACUUAUAUACACAAGUGCGGCCAUUUUCGUAACAAUGCGCAUCAUUUCGCAUAGCAUACGUUGCGGCGCGCAAGCUUAUGCUGCCAGCGCAACGCAUACAAUAAUUAAAAACAGUGCUGCACACCCCACCACCACCAACGUAUUGUCAGCCACCAAUUCCACCGCUAUGAAGCAGUCACAAGCCACCAAAAUAUUUGCAAACGCUACGUCACACAAGCAGCAACGCCAGGCCGCCACACGGUCCGUUGACGCGUCGCCAUUAGCUGUGCCACACACAUUGCCAGCUGCCAACGCGUCCACAACUACUACGUUAGCUACACAACGGCCAAUGCAGUCGAUGUCGCAGACGCUAUCAACUACAGCCAAGCCACGUCGUCGCUCCUACGCUGCACAAUUCAGCAUGAAUUGCCCCAUUUUAAUUGUAAUUAGCCUCGCUUGUAUCCUGCAUGCCGGUCUGCUGUGGCAUGGCGCAAGUGCAGCAAUCUCAAAUCGAGGCACCAACACACGCCCCAUGAGCACUUCGCAGACGUCAUCCAUGUCGGGUGUGCAACCGCAUUUUCUCUCGCGCGGCCACACAUAUCGCGCCGUGGUGGGCGACACUCUGGUGCUGCCGUGUCAAGUUGAGAAUUUGGGAAAUUUCGUUUUAUUGUGGCGACGCGGCAUCAACGUGCUCACUGCCUCCAAUAUAAUGGUGACAAGGGAUGAGCGCAUAAGACUGAUAGACGGUUAUAAUUUAGAGAUAUCAGAUUUAGAGCCACAAGAUGCUGGGGAUUAUGUAUGUCAAAUCAGUGACAAAAUAAAUCGUGAUCAAGUGCACACUGUGGAAAUAUUGGUACCACCGAGCGUGCGCGCUAUACCCACCUCUGGUCAGUUGCAGGCACGCAAAGGGGGCCCAAUCACUUUGGAGUGCAAAGGAUCUGGAAAUCCUGUACCAUCCAUUUAUUGGACAAAGAAGAGUGGCGCUGGCAAGUCAUCAGCUCGCAUUGGCGACGGUCCAAUUUUGACACUGGAGAAACUCGAGCGUCAACAGGCUGGAGUCUAUCAAUGCACCGCAGACAAUGGAGUCGGUGAACCGGUCACAGUCGACAUGCGUUUGGAUGUUCUAUAUCCGCCCGAUAUACAAGUGGAGAAGUCAUGGAUACAUUCUGGUGAAGGUUUCGAAGCAAAACUGGUAUGCAUAGUCUACGCUGAUCCGGUAGCCACGGUGUCCUGGUACCAAAACUCAUUUCCGAUACAAACGACCGAUAGGCGAAUUAUGUCAACAAGAGGCAAUCGACACACGCUCACCAUACGCCACAUACAGCAGGAGGACUUUGGCAACUACAGCUGUGUUGCCGAUAACUCACUCGGACGCUCGCGCAAGUACAUGGAGCUGUCUGGACGCCCAGGCCCAGCUGAAUUCUACUCACCGAAAUGGGGUCGCUCAUCGGACAGCUACAAUCUGACAUGGAAAAUAGAUAGCUAUCCACCGCUGCAGGAGGUGCGUCUGCUCUACCGCCGUGUAUUGAUGAAUGACACAUUCCAGCAACCAGGAAGAUGGCAUGACUUUAUACUGACACCUGAACAUCGUCCCGCAUCGGAGCCACUUACACACAUCAUGUCGUAUACCAUAAAGAAUCUACAUCCUGGCGCUUACUACGAAGCGAUAGUGCAGGCGAAAAAUAGCUACGGUUGGAAUGAGGUCAGCGAUAUCUUUCAAUUUAUCGUCGCUAGCAAUACCAUGGACAUACCGCCGGAGGACGCCGAAGUGGUGGCCAGCUCCAAGUCGCGCAGCAAUUCCGCCGCCACGGGCAGCACGCAAUUGCCAACGCUAACGCAUAGACACACCAUGGCAUGGUGUGCGCUCUUCGCCAUCGCGGCGAGUUGCCUGCUGCAACGCCGGCAUCAGCGACAAAUUUGCCUCAACGUGGGAUAAGCGAGCGAAACGAACAGGCGCGCGUCUUAAUGCAGCAGCUACGAAGGCGGCAAAUUAAUUUAACGUAAGAAAUGUAAUUCGAUGCUUUUGUUGAUUAUUUAUUUUCAAUUUAAGUGAUAAGCCAAGGGUCAAGCAAAAAAAAAAAAAAUGCGAGAGCAAAAAAUAUACCAAAAACGUGGAACAUGUAGAUUAAGAUAAAGUAAGAAAACAAAUUUACUGCGAUAAGCAGAAAAACCGCAACAUGAUUGAAAGUAUCAGCAUCAGAAAAAAGUAUUAAAUUUAAAAACGCAAUUACAGUAUCCUUUGCGUAUCAAAUCUUUACUUAAUUUGCUUUAUAAUUAAUUUUGUAUUAAAUAACAAGCAAGUCGGCGAAAGGUGAACAAGUAAGCUGGACUUUAAAUAAGAGAGCAAAAAGUUUAGCGGCUAACGGGUUUUAGCAUUUCUUUAAUAUUCAAUUUUUAACUAGUCUAGAUACAUAGAAUUACCUAUUGCCUGAUUUAAUUGCGUAUGUAAAUUAACUGAAGUCUCAUUAAAUACCUAACAGACAGCUAAUUAAUUGAUCAAUUAACCGGCAUCUGCUCGAUUAAAACGCUUAUUAAAAUCGAUUUACCAUACAGAAUAAAAUCUACAUUAAUUUUUGAUUGAAUUUUAAUCGACUUGAAAAUCAAAUGCAACUCUGCGACAAAGACGUACGAUAUACGUUCUUUGCGAUUGGCUGGAUUUUUUUAUUAAAAAAAAGCUACGGUAGAUGUCGCCGCUAAAAAUAUUAAUGAGCUGAUAAAACUUACCAACUUCUUAUGAAAAGCAAAAACAAAAACAUUUAAUUUGGAUGUCUAAAAAUGCUAUUAAUUUAGAAAAUUUGUUAAUUGACUUAAUUAGGCUGAAGCAGUUUUUCUUUAAAACCCCUCUAGCGCCAAAAAUAUUUUAAAUGUCAAACCGCUUAUAUUCUUCUUAAUAUGGAGUCUUAAUUGCCAAAUAAGCAUAUUCCAGUAAUUUAACCUUUAAUUUGCAAGAAAUCUAAUAUACAUAAUUACAACUACCAUAUUUGACAAUGAAAUUGUAAGCUCUCAAGAUAUACUCCGAAAACUGUAUAAUAAAGAGUGAUUGAAUAUACUUCCCUUCAAGAGCCGCUUUAAUUGAUAAUUUAGUUAAUUACCAAACAAGAAUAUAUCAGCAAUUUAAGACUUAGUGAUGAAGAAUUAACUAAUUGCCAAUAUGUAUCCAACUUAAAUACAACGCUGUGACGUCUGCCUAGUCGAAUAAAAUGAAAUGUUUAUUCAAUGCCACAUAAUAAUUUUCUUUGUCGGUAAGACACACUUUCAACGUAUUCUUACAGGUUUGGAGAACAGCUUUCUUAGCCUAAAAUUUGCAAAGUGAUUCAUUAAAGCCUCAGUCACUUUUAGUAAACAUAUACAAUUUAAAAGAACCCCUACAGAAUUCUGGCCUUAGUUUUUGGUCUUCCAAUGCCAUAUUUAAUUAUUUUUAGAACCGAGUGGCCAACAAAAGAGUGUCUCGUACUACCAAAACUGGUAUUUUCCAUACAAACUACGGAAAAAAUGUCUAUAUCUUUUCAUAGAAUUGUCUCACUAGCUGACUAUGUGUGAAUCUACCAAAAUUAAACAAGAGGAAGCAUUUGAAUUGAGGAAUAAAAAUGCUUAUAGUUACAGAAUUUGACUGGUGUGCUUACUGGACAUUGCCCAAUGGGUAGCCAUGCGUUGAGACUUGGCAUCGUGGCAGAUGCAAGUUGUCAAAGCUGUAUGGAGGAAUUCGAGGUGGAACCAUCCAAGCAUUUCCCUCUCUUUUGACCAGCUUUUGCCAGACUGAGGUUGAAACACCUCGGAAGGCUAUUUUUCGGCGAUCCCAGCGAAUUGGCUAGAAUCGACAUUAGCCGUCUAAAGAUAUUCGUAACAGGUUCUAAACGUUUUGCUGAAUCUUAAGGGUUUUUGAUCCAUAGGGAGUUUUACUGGUAUCACAAUGGACAGCGCUCUAAGCUGUCUAAGUGAGAUCUUCUGUGUUUUUGCAGAGAUCUGCCUACAAACCUAUCCUAACCUAACCUACAGACUUCGCACAAAUAUUGAGACAUAAACGAUUUGAUAGCUGUUUCAAGAGCACGAAUGCUGCAAGAUGGUGAGAAUGGAAAAUUUUCAAUGCAAAAUUUACUUAUCUAAAUUGGAGAUUAUUAAAGACAUAACGAAUUUUUCUCUCUAAAAAUUUAUUCUUGGGGUCCACAACAGCAAAACCCGCAACGAGACUAAACUUGUGCUUACAAUAUCACCGAUUUCAACUAAUUGUAACCAAAUUGAAACAAUUUGAGUUUUUUCUGUCUUAAGUUAAUUUUUAUCACAUGCGACAACAUAUAUUUUAAUGCUACAAGGCAAUUCAGACAUCCACUUAAUUAAGUCAAUUACUAAAUUGUCUACACUAUUGCGCAUAGCACAAUAUUACUAAUUGACUCAAUUAAGCCAUUGUCUGCAGCCCCAAUAAGUAAGCAACAUAAAUUGUAAAUACAGAGUGUUGAUUUAAGUAAAAAAAAAAACAGAAAAUUAGUUAGUAGAAACAUGUAAAUAAAUUAAAUUUUAAAAUAAAGCAUAUUUCAUAGAGCUAAGAACACAGAGAUUAUUCAAAUAGAAUUGGGAAUUUCAAUUUUCGCACACAUGCACACGACUUUUUACAAUUAAAAGAACACCACUUACAUAUACAUAUAAGUAUAAAGUAUAUAAUAUAUAUAUAUAUUAGUGAGAUGAAGUUGAAAUGCUCGUCACACACACACAUAUAUAUGCAUAUGUAUUGGUGUUUGUGUGUGUAGAGUUAGAUAAAAAGCAUACCACCAGCAAAUGAAAAUAAAGUUUUAUUGAUAUGAAAGUAGCAAAUGGGAGUAUUUUCCGCUUGUAAACGCAAAUUUAAUGAACUUUGAAAUAGUUUUUACUCUCAAAGUUAGUAAUUUAUUUGAAUAAACACUGUAAAUAGCAUUUUAAGUCACAUCAACAAAAACAUAAACCAACAAAAAAAAAAUACUUUUAUAAAAAAUAUAUUAAAAAACUUAAAUGAAAAUAAUAAAUAUUAUAUUUAUUUAUGUAUGUAGUAACAUAACGGCGAUGGCACAUUUGAGGUCAUUCAAAGCUCAUAAUUAUUAAUGUAUUAUUGUAUAUUUGCGGCUAGUUUGUAAGUAAUUAACACACACACACACAGAUACA